GUACUGGCUGAUAUCACAGGUUAAAGGUUAAAAGUCACUACAUGCUGAAGAGAAGAAUUUUGCUGAUGCUAUAAAAAACAAAACGACUGACAAGUGACUGAAGGUUUCUUGGACAGGAAAGGGGAAUUUAUAAAAACGUGACAAAAAAAGGAAGAAAGAUUUCACAAGAGUCUGGAGAGAUUUGCUGAGGAAGGGAAACACAUUCUCCAGAUUUAAAGCGUUUACUCAUCAAACUGAGGAUUUCACAAAGAGACUGUAGGUGAAAAGUCAGAGACGACAAAGUCUGCUGCACAAAAACUGGAGCAGCAUCAUGUUCCACUAAGAUGAAAAGUUUUUCUUACGUCAGAGUGUGUCCGGCUGGUUCUUGAUAGGGACUCCUGUCAACACUCGGCUCCUUAUCUGUGUUUCAGUUCCACUCCGAGCACCUGAUCCACGGCUGAUCCUCCUACGCACCAGUACUACAAAAAGGAGUUAUUUAUAUACAAAUAAAUAAGAAAAAAUGGCUGCGAGUCCUCCAAGAGACAAGUACAGUGGCGUGUGGCUGAUCUUCUUCAUGCUCGGUUUGGGGACGCUGCUUCCAUGGAACUUCUUCAUGACCGCUACCAUGUACUUCACCAGCCGUGUCAGGGACUCCUCAUCGGCAGAUUCUUCAACCAAUCAGACAAAGGGAGCAGCUGAGAGUCGCAGCGUCCUGGAGGCCAAAUUCAACAAUGUGAUGACGAUGUGUGCGAUGCUACCGCUGCUGAUCUGCACCUGCCUCAACUCCUUCUUGCACUCAAAGAUUCCUCAGCGCCUCCGUGUCAUGGGCAGUCUGCUCGUCAUCAUGUUCGUCUUCAUGGUCACCGCUGCCCUCGUCAAGAUUCCCAUGGAGCCGCUGCCUUUCUUUUCAGUCACCAUGGUGAAGAUUGUCAUCAUCAACUCCUUCGGGGCGAUCCUACAGGGCAGUCUGUUUGGGAUGGCUGGUUUGCUGCCAGCUUCGUAUACGACUCCCAUCAUGAGCGGUCAAGGACUGGCUGGAACCUUCGCUGCCCUCGCCAUGAUCUGCGCCAUCGCAAGUGGUUCUGCACUUCAGGAUGCAGCGUUUGGUUACUUCAUCACAGCCUGCGUUGUUAUUUUUCUGUCCGUCCUCUCCUACAUCAUGCUGCCUAAACUGGAGUUUUACCAGUUUCAUCAGGAGAGAAACCAGAGGUCAGCAGAGGGGCAACAUUCAGUGAAUCUGAUGGACCAAGAGAGUAAAGACACGGGCGAUGUUCCGAAGAGACAACAGAACGUGUCCAUGAUCACAAUCUUUAAGAAGAUCUGGAUCCUGGCCCUGUCGGUGUGUUUCACAUUCACUGUCACCAUCGGCACGUUUCCCUCCAUCACCGCCGACACCAAAUCCACCCUUGCUGACGGAGGCUCGUGGGACCUGUACUUCAUCCCAGUCUGCUGUUUCCUGCUAUUUAACCUGUGUGACUGGGGCGGGCGGAGCUUAACUGCUGUCUGUAUGUGGCCGGGGAAGGACAGCCUCAUUCUUCCUGUGUCCAUCAUGUGUCGCGUGGUCUUUGUCCCUCUCUUCAUGUUGUGUAACGUUCAGCCUCGGCUCAGCCUUCCCGUCUUCUUCCACCACGACGGCUUCUUCAUCGCCUUCAUGAUCAUCUUCGCCUUCAGCAACGGAUACCUGGCGAGUCUCUGCAUGUGCUACGGACCCAAGAACGUCCUUCCUCAUGAAGCAGAAACCGCUGGAGCCAUCAUGGCGUUCUUCCUGUCCCUGGGUUUGGCUCUGGGAGCUGCUGUGUCUUUUGUCUUCAGAGCAUUGGUCUAAUUGGGCCCAUUCAUAUUUUAUAUUAAUGAACGGACGCGAAGACAAACACUUCCCAUGUGCCUGACUGGACUCCAUCCAGAAACUCUAGCUACCAGUCUUAGAUGCGACAGAGUUCAGUUCGGAGUCGUCUAAAUGUGCUGUGUCUAUUUGUGUCUAUUUAUCUAGUGAAUAUUGGUUGCGUCAAUGCAAUUAGUUUACAGAGUUUAUAAAAGGGAAAUAUUCAGUUAGCCUCUAAGUUUGUUUGUUUGUUGAAGUGAUUAAAGAUAAAAACAACC